AUGUCGAAGGAAAUGGCGGGAGCCAUGGGUGGCGGUGGUAGGGUAGGAUCCAGAAAUGCGGUAUCAUCUGCAGGAUCGGCAGCAGACAACGGCAUAGACGACGAUAUGGGCCCAUCAGUGUCGAUGGCAGUGGAAGCAGACGACGAUGAGCAUUUUCGGCGCUCCACAUUCAAUCUCAAACGCACACGGUCCAUGGGGCUACUGGAUGCACGUUCGGAGUCUUCCUCAAUAGCGGCAGAAAGUCCGGAAUUGGGGGAAGACUCGUCAUCAGACCCAUCGCCCAUCGUGCUAUCAGAAUCAACAUCUCCGCCGGCACCAGAAACGGACGAUUUCAUGGUUCCACAUGACGAUAACGACAUUGUGCAUGAACCAAAACGGCACGUAGACUAUCUGUCUCACGAGUGGAAGGAAUCCGAGAUCUCACAGUCGUGGAAAUAUAUCAUUUUGUCAAAAAAGAAAAAGAACGAAGAUUUGGUCAACGCAGCACGACUCGAAAAUGCUUCUUGGCGUACAUGGGCCAAGGCUCGCAACCAUCUGCGCACAGUAAGCCCCGAGACUGUAAACUGGUCCAAAGAUUCAGAUGUCACCUGGUUGUACGGCCCUGUGGUGCGACAGAAAUCUAACGACAAAGAUGCGAGUUCCGAUGUCGAAUACGGCUACGGUUCCGAUGACGAAACGUCCAAAAGGGUCACCACGUUGAAAAUGAAGAAAAGGGCGAGCACUGGCCCUAAGCCCAUCUUGAAGAAAAGAACAGUAUCAGAGAUCAUCGAGGAAAAUUCUCGUUGGAAACUCAACGUGGCGAGGCAACACAAGAAAAACCUAUCCAGCACGCAGGUCUUGAUGGAUGGAUACGGCAACCAUAUGGAUGCAGCGGAUGAUUACGAUGCUUUGGCAGCAAGAGUAAACGCCCAGUACUACUCAGUUCAAGCUGAUCCUUCUACGGCAUCACCCAGGCUUGAAGAUCAAGCUGAACAGCACGAAUGGCUAGAGCAGCCAAGUGAUCGUCAAACCUCUUUCCCAGGUGAUCAUAUCGAGGGUUCCAACAUUUCACGGCCAACAUCAGCACAUCAAUCGCCAGCACCUGUUUUAGAGUCUAUUUUGACAUCUGGUGCCAAGCGGAACCCCAAAAACGUUCACGAACAAAAAAACAGACAUAUUCAUUUUAAUGACCGAGUGGAACAGUGCAUGGCGUUAGCCAUCAAAUCCGAUAAUGACGACGAUGACCUUGAUGACGACGACCACAAUUACAAUUUCGACGAUGACACGGUGUACGGACAAGGGAGUGAAGGAUCUGUUCAUCACGAAUUCACAAAUAGUAAGGGAGGUCGUUCGAGUCUUCUGGAUGAUGGUAAUGCUGUUUACGGAGAUAAAUCGAAACAGGAACUUGACAGCUCAUCUUCAGAUGAAGACGAAGAAGAGGCAGGACUUUUCAUAAAUGCAAGAUUUUCUAGAAAAUCAGAUGGCGCGCAGAGCUCACCUAGCGCUUUAUCUGCAAAUUCUGAAAGCUCCAAAUUUAAAAGCUCGGGAACUCCAAUCAUAAAGCCUUUACCCGCGACCACAUUAAACUACGGUUCAGACGAAGAAGACUUUGAUGAUGACGACGAAUACUACGGCAACAAUGCAGUUUCUCAUAAUGUAAACACUUUCAGAGGGUACGACUACAUGUAUGACUACAACUCUGUUUAUACAGGGGAUACUUCAGGCUUCAUUGCUGCAAAUAACUACGAUAUGGUUGAUGUUCCUGAGGGACUUAGAACUCCUAUCGAGGACCAGGAUUCAAACUCACAUUUGAUGGUUCAGGAUUCGAACGAAGAGAAACUGCCGAGCGGGCCUGCAUCGAAAAAGGCGUUUUCUUUGGACAGUGACACAGAUUCUUACGGCUCCAAUGGCGAAUCACAAUUCAUUGAGGAUUCACAAGAUAGGAGUAGCGAUGACGAAGCUGCAGAUGUUGCGAGUCUUCCAGCUCUCAGAAGGACACCUUCUCUAGGGGUGUCUACUGCUGCUUCGCUGCAAGACCUUCAGCCUCAACUUCCAUCAAUACCUCAGACGCAUAGUUUUAUCACGGGAAAGCCGCUACGACAGGUCAAUCAAUCGUGGGACACUGCACCAGAGGAGUCACCAAAGAGGAGCCCGGAUGUGCCAAAAACGGCAAAGGGAUUCUCCUUCAAUUCAGAUUCAGACUCAGGUUCAGAUUCAGUUUCGGACUCAUGCGGAGACAGCCAAGUAGAGAAUAUCAAUAGCCCUGUAUUGGGCUCUUCCGCGAGGCGUAAUAGCCUUGAAAACGAAAAUGAGAAUACUGCAGGUAGUACCAAGCCCGAAGACUACACCAACAUCUCUUCCAAAGCCAAUCCUACCUCCCAUAGCGAUCCGACUCAUGGGACAGCAGUUUCGCCCAUUUCUAAGACUCAAGGACAACGGGGGCCGAAUGACGCCCUAAGGAAUAUGGUCAGUCCCCCACUCGACUCCCGCACGUCACUAUCAGACGUGGCUAUCUCAGGCUACAUAUCGCCGCGCAACGAGUCUAUGCAAUCUGUCGUAGCAAAGCAAAAGAUGGCGGCUGUGAAUAACGCAUCAGGUGCGGAAGAUGUUGACCAUAUGAACAAAAACUUGGAAAAUUGGCACUUGGAUCAUCACGAAUAUGAUGAGGCUGAAGAGGGGGACUCUAGUGCAGAGAACGUCCAGAAAAUGAUGAGUUCAGCGCGCGAGAUCGCAAGCAAGUACCUCCACUCAUGGAAAAAGUAG